AGUACACAGUAUAUCGGAUAUUCCUAUAGUAUAGUCCUUUUUCAAACAGAGUAAACAAAUAAAUUUUUUUCACAUAUUAUUAUCCUACUUGUACUACCAUUUGUAACAUUUCCAUUUUAAUGAUUAUUAUUUUAACAUUUGAAAUUGUGACAAUUAUUUAAUAUUUUACAAGCUCAAAAGCUUUACCAAUCCAAUUACAUAAAUAAAUACUUUUAAAUAUUAAAUACAUUCUGAUUCUCAUUCUAAAUUGUAUUGUGGAUCUAUGAUGGCGAAUGUCGAUAAGGACAUGCCUGUGUUAUCAAAUGAAGGUACGUCACAUUAUUUAUUUAUUUAUUUAUUUAUUUAGGCAUUUUUAUAUAGCGCUUAUCAUAAAGCUCUAAGCGCUUUACAAUUAUUAAAACAUGUAAACUAAGUAAAUACAAAUGAGACACUAGGAUAGUAACUACUAUUCUAUAGAAACAAUUUCAGGAUUAAACCGAAACAGAAAAUUAGGUAGGGCAAGGAGGGUGCAUCACAGGUCAUAGGCGGACCUAAACAGAUGAGUUUUAAGGGACUUUUUGAAAAUGGACGAGGUUUCACUAUGACGUAUAUCAUAUACUAUAUGGAAGGGGAGCUGGUUCCAGAACGUGGGCCCAUGGAAGCAGAAGGAGCGUUCACCGAUGGUCUUAGUUUUAGUUCAUUAUAACAUUAUAAGAGUUAGCUUCAUUAUAAUUGGUAACGGUUAUUUUUUUUUAUUUUUAUUUAUUUGAUCACAAAUUAAGGGUUAUUGAACCCUUUCCGGUCGACUCCGACGGGGUGGGGAGGGGGGGGGGUGCAUAAUAGUUCUGACCGAAAGUUAACUUUUUCUAAUCCAUAUUUUUUAAUGCUUAGUAAAGCAGAAAGGAAUUGAUAAUGAUAAACAAUUCAAAAUGGGUCUACGAUCGGAUUACAAUUUACCGCAUCUGAAGUUGAAAAAAAUGAUUUUUUGAAGACAAUUCAUCGGUGAUUAUAGGAAGUUAGGGCUGAAUACUAGACUAGAAGGUAAUGACAGUGAUUUUUACCUAAUAAAAGCAUCUAAAGCAGAUAUUUUUUUAUCUGAAUGAUGGCAUUCGGCAUUAGUAUCAGUAGUCAUUUAUUGUCAUUAGUGACUCAUUCAUUUAUCAUUAGUCAUUACUUGUCAUUAGUCAUUCAUUGAUGAUUUUUGAUAUUCAUAUUUCAUAUGACAUUAUCAUCAUUAUGAUUAUCACUUAUCAUUAUGAUUAUACAUUCAUUAUUCAAUUAUUUAUUGGCUGUUUCAGAUUUAGCGGCCCACAUUGACUUUGUUAGUUAAGGCAGGCAUAGGGAUGAAUUUAAUUAUAAUUAUAAUAUUGUUGGAAUAACUCUGUUAAUUGAGUAAUAACUAAUAAACAGGAAAAUAUAAAAAUAAAAGUGACUAAAAUUAAAUUGGGCAGAGAGUUGGGAGAGAUGUUUUAAAAAAGAGCAGUAAAUUGAAGUUUUUUAUGGAAUUAAUAAUUAAUGGGUAAUCGACCACUUGAGCGUGGGCCAAGAAAAACUCCAGCUGUUCUGGUUGGAAGGGCUAUUUAACUCUUUCGAUGCGGAACAACGCACUCUGCGUUCUUCCGCCGUUCUCAAAAGCACGGACGAACGCGCUGUGCGUUGUUUCAAUAUCAUGUUUCUUUCUUUGCUAUUUCUCGGUUAAACUUUUUAAGAGCUAUUUUUAAAUAAGACUUUUACAUAGAAGAGUGGUACUUCAUUGUUUACAAUCAAAACCAAGGCUUAUUUAUUGUCAAUGGAAGCAUUAUUUUGACGAUUUUCUUCACGUUUCUUUUUUUUACUGUUGCUAUGGCUACCCUAGGCUCUAGUAGGUAAGUUUCCUAGACGAUUAACAGUUAAAAAAGCUUUGAAAUUGUUUUAUAAUAUUUAUUUUGUCAGCGAAGAUGAUUUAUAUUUAAAUGCAUCGCAUGAUUCCGAUGGUAGUAGUUUUAGAGGAAUUGAGUUAUAGAAUUGAAGAUGAGGUAUGCGUACAUCGUUGGGUUUAGGGAAAAAUGUUUUAGCAAAAAUGUUUUCACAUUUUAUGGUUCGUGUAAUUUAUUUUUUUUAAACUGUAGAAACUAGUGUGCAAAUAUAUAGUCCUUUCAAUUACCUUUCAUUUGAUACUAAGUUUAGUCUUAUAAACCAAAGAAUAAUAUUUUAAAUAUUUUUUAAUAAAACCCAAUCUCUCACUCUUUUUCCGCUCUUCGAAAAAAAUGUACAUUUUUUCGAUGAAAAAAUUCCGCAGCGAAAGAGUUAAACAACUAUUCUUAUAUUAUUUUUAAUGACACUGGUUGUACGUAUUCAUUCCCAUAAUAAUAGACAAUUUUUUAAAAUAGAAAAACUAUAACAUUUUUUUUUUAAAUAGAAGAUAAUGAGUGAAAAUGGAAUUAUGCAUAGUUCUCCCCCAAGUUGACAAUGAAGUUUUAAAAAAUAUAAUUUCCACGAAAACGGUUGUGGUACAUGAAUCCACGUAAAUAUGAAGGGGAAAGAUCACCGGCGCUUCUUGUGCCAAACUGUCUUUCCAGUAAUUGCUUUCUGAGCAUUCACGUUUUCCACAUUCUGUGUGUGGACAUCCGCGUCAUCUGGAUAAAAAAAAAAUAAUUGUUGUCUCUUUUUCUUCCUGGCAUAUCGGUAGCUUGGCAGUAAUAAUUAUUUAAAUGUAUUAGUACUGUGCUAUAUAACUAACCCUAUACGAAGCAAAAAUAUUAAUAGACUCCAAUGUAAGAAUAGUUGUUGAAAUAGCCCUUCCAACCUGAACAACUGGAUUUUUUCUUUGCCGACGCUCAAGUGGUAGAUUACAGAAUUAAUGAUACUGAUACAUUAAUAAAAAUGAAGUUAACGAUAACAAACCAUAUUGUAACCAUUUUGUUUUUCCCUUUGAAAUAAUUAAAUAUUAAAUUCAAACUGUAAAUAUUUUAAAAUAACAGAACACACAUCUUUCUUUAAGUACACAAGCUUUAAUAAGCAAAAUUUAAAUCCAUAUAGUGAAAAAAAAGGUUAAAAAGUUAAAACUAAUUAUGACUUAAAUUUAACAAAAUGGGGGCAAUAAGUAGGUAUUCCUACUCAAAUUUGUAAAUACAUCUUUCACACACAAGGAGCAUAUCAUUGGACAUUCAAAAGAGCUGGCUUUAAGCUUUCCAAUGACACCAAGAUGAUCUUUGUAUCAUUUAUAGGAAAACAGUUAUGAAUUUUUUAGUGAUUUAUUUUUUCCCCACAAUUCGGCUUUGUAUUUAAUUUUUAAAACUGUGAUCGAAUUAUUACUCUGUUUGUAAUAUUUUAUUUCUAUCCUUUUGGCUAUUUAAAUUAGACCCCUCAAAUUUGGAGGAGACAUGAACAAUAUAAUGUUUAACAAAACGAAACACAUGAAUUAUGAAUUAACUUUUUUUUUUUUUUAAUAUACUUUAGGAGCAUAUGGCGUGGAUAACGUCAAGUGUCGAAAAAUUUAAUUUUACAAAAAAAAGACAUAAUUAUUAAACAAAAAGAGCUAUUGCUAUAAAAUUUUCAAAUCAAACAGAUAAUGUACAUCUAAAAGUAAGGCAAAUUUAAAAUAAAUAAAAUGCAGAUCAGAAACAUUUAUGAAAUAUAAGAAAAAUUAUUUUUAAAAAAAGCAGCCACUGCCGAGAAAUUUUUACAUUUAAAUGCAUAACUUUUAAAAUAAUAAAGCUAUUGCAAUGAAAUUUUCAGUACAAAUAGAUAGUGACAAUUUAAAGGUAAUGGAAUUACAAAUAUUAAAUAAGCUCCUGCCUGUUCAAUGGAUAUAUUUUCACAUAGGUUUUAGGCAAUUCUUAUAGGGCCACUCCAUGGCUUCAAUAUCGGCUUCUACUGGGAUUUCUGUGCAUUUAACAUGGUACCAAAUGUCACAGCACACCCAUUCUUCUCCUCAUCCUCCAUGCACACCAUAUUUAAGGCACACAGUGUUGUCAUGGUCCUCAUCAAUGUCACUAUCAUCUCCAUCUGGAAGAUUUGUUCUUUUUCUCAUGGUCUUUUUUCUUGGAGCUUUAUCUUUUUUUGCUGCAUCUUCUCUCAGUCGCUUCAAACAUGCAUCAAUGGCAUCCUUUUGUAAGGGGUGUUCUGUUUUUCUUGGGACCACUUUCUGAUGGCGUCGCAUGAAGCCACUCAAUCAGUCCCUACGGCUACUAGGUCGACCAUUCUCAAAAGGUAUUUCAAGAUAAUUUUCCUUCACAAAUUCUUGAAUGAUGUCUUUUAACUCCUCUUUACUGAAACCUCAGCCCACUCGGCCAACACAAUAAGGCAGUCUGCCAGUUGUUCUUCUUGAUCAGGCGUCAAAGCAGUUUACCUCCCUUGAUGAGAAUUUACUGGUAUUUGACCUUGUACUCUCCUUAAAAAACCCUUUUUAGAAACUCCAAAAUGCUUGGAUGCCUGGUUGGCAGACAUCUGCUUACCCAUGACAGAAUUGUAUGCAUCUGUCAUUGUCUGGCUAGUUGCAUAGGACUUCCUGCCUCCUUCCUCUUUCUUUUUUUGGUCCGAACCAUUCUGCAAAAUUAAGGGGGCAAUAAGUUUCAUUAUCAAAACUGUAUUAAAAAAUUUUGUUUAUCCUAUUUCUAUAAAUUUAUAACUUUUGUUUUCAAUUUCAACUAUAUCAGUGUAAUUUUUAUUCAAUUAAAACAUGGAUUUUAUUCAAAAUAUUAAACUGAUCAAUAUAUUUGGUUGUUUUAAUAACCUUUUUAACAGUUGGGGUAUUUAGCCCCUGCUAAUUAAAAUAUUUCUUUUUAUAAACUAAAUAAAAAAUCUAUAGAACCUAAUUUCUCUUACAAAUGCUUUCUAUUCAAAAUAUUGAAAGGAACUUAGGUAUAAAGUAUAAAGUGAAUAAAGCUUUUUAUAAACAAUCUCUAAAUCAUUCAUCCAACAGCCAUUUUACUUUGCAAAAAUGGUCAGCUUCAUUUGCUCUACAAAUAUCAGUAUUUUAACUCAUACAUUAACCACACUCAUAGUUAAAAGCUAAAAAAAAAUAUUUACUUAGUUUAGCUGUACUUGAAAAGCACUCAUCUUAUAAGGCAAAUUAAAAAUCAAUACCCUAGGUUAGAAACCUAAGAAUGGUUGUGAAAAGGUCUCUGAAUGGUUAGUAAGUCUCUAUCAAGUAAAACUUAAUGCCUUUCUCUCUUCUUACAAUAAUAUCAAGCAUUUUAUUUUAAGAACUGAGCAACUGGCGUUUAAUACUCCAUAGAGCAUAUUACCCUUUUUACCCUAUACAUCAGUGAUUGUCAUAACGUUAGCCAAACAGACAUCAUAUAAUAAAUACUGUGGUACGCAAGAUGAGCUCAUUAAUAUUCAAAAUGCCGGUAUAUUUCAUAUGUCAUAUUUGAAUAUCAACACAACAUGAAAAAUGUUCUCCAAAAUUUAGGGCCUUGUAUAUCACAUUGUUUGUAUUGAUAAGGGGAACAAUAAUAGGUAGCAUUUGGAAGGCUGAACCUAUGUGUCCAUUUAAAAUGUGUCUCAGAUAGCAUAGCAAAAUAAAUGUAUGAAUUUAAAUUAUAAAAAAUCAGAAUAUAGUAGGAGUGGCACUCCUUAGAACGGCGGUCCCAUAUUAUAUCUACAGAAAUAAAAAUUAAAAAUUAAUUUUUACCUCAUGGAAAAACAUUAAAACACUUCAGUUGCUACUUAACAUGUAUUUAUUGCUUAUGACCAUACACGGCACUCCUCAGAAUGGCAUCCCACAUUAAAAUGACAAUACAUUUCGUUAGAAAGUGGACAGGACUUGAGAGAGGGUGGUCCCUUGGCCCCAGUGUAGCUGAUGCCCUAAAUCUAACUUAAUGGUCUAUUAAUUUACAUAACUUUAAAACUGUAUGAAUAUUGCUUUUGGUCUGAGAUUGGCAAAAAAUCGGGCCACACAUUGGCUAAAUCUACCAAAACAACCUAAGUGCUUGACUGACUUUUUAAAUACAUUUUUUAUAUUAAAAUUUCACCUUAAAACCACUGAAAAUACACGACAAAACAAUGGGAAAACAAUAAGUACAUGUUAUAUAAUUUAAUUGGCAUUCAGUUUAAAGGAAUUUUUUGUUUGUCAUUUGUAAGCACUAUCAAAUUAAUUAAAUUGCUGAAAGUAAUUAAUACCUGGAUGGUAAGACUACAUAAAAACAAGGUGACUGGAAAUGCUGGAAAGUGCUAUACAUUGUUUACUUAUGUGUUUUCUCAAUUAAAAGUUCCUGUUUCAUCAUAUUUUUUUACAUGAUUUUUUUUCCUUGCUUCAUUAUUCUUAAAGUGUUGUUUUACAGAUAACUCAAUCUAGGAUAUGAUAUUUUAUAUAAGUACGUGAUAUUUGGUUUUAACAUAAACACUGUGCACUUAUUUCUCCUAUAUUAGCUCCCAUACCUACUCAUAAUCGGCAAUCAUUAUUCAGCAAUUUUUCAAGUAAAUUUAAAUUUCUUACAUUUUUGUUUGUCUUUUUACAUUCUAGGUCUUUUUACAGAAAUGUUUGCGGUUUUGUUGCGUCUUUUUUUCCCAAUGUUCCCCUGCCCUUAGUUUUCUUUUUUCUAUUAUUUUAGUGUCAUGAAGCAUAGUCUACUUAAAACACAUAACUAUUAUUUCAUCACCAGAAGCAACAUCAGCUGGUAUAAAAUGUCUUGUGGAGCUUCCUAAUGAUGUCCAAAAGAGAAAUAUAUUUGAACAUUUUAUGGCAUAUGAGGUAAGGUACGGUAUCUAUAUAUAGAUAUAUAUAGAUAAUCCCUUAUUUUAACGCAAAUUAUAGUGAGAUAUCCGCAGGCCACCAAUUAUUCUGAAAUAAUGCAACCAUUUUAAAAUAUUCUGUUUUUGGCCGGGGGCCCUAAAUUCUUUCUUUUCUAAAAUGAGCUAUAUAAAUAUAAUUUUAAAAAGAGGUGAUGGAUGGGUGGAUGGAGUUUUAAUCAAAUAAAAAAGCGACAUUGCAGUUUGUUUGUUACAUAAUUAGUAGGUUUCUGAAUAAGUACAACCAUUUUACAAUAUUCUGUUUGUGGCCAGGGGCCCUACAGUUGUUUUUUCCUAAUAUGAGCUAUAUUAAUAUAAUUUUCUCAUACUUUCCGAUACCAGGCAUCUGAUUGAGAUAAAACUUUACAUAAUUAGUAGGUUUCUGAAUUAGUACAACCAUUUAACAAUAUACCGUUUGGUGCCUGGGACCAUAAAUGUUGUUUUUUUUCACUAUAUCCGCUAUAGAAAUAUAAUUUCAAACAGAGCUAUUGCAUGAGUGGAUAAAUCGCUACAAGUGUGUGGACUAAAUUUUGAAAAUCCAUGAUUCUCCCAUGGACAUCUGUACAUGGCCUGAUUACCCAUCCAAAAACGUUCUGGUAUAUUCGUGUAUACACCAGACAGAAAAACAACAAAUAUUGUGCAUGUUUAAAGUACUUCAAAAACAUAAUUAAAUCACUAACACUUUCUUUCUUUGAGUGUCAUUGCAACUCAUGCUUGGUACUCGCUAGUAAAUAUGUUAUGCAGUGGCUUUGGUAGUGAUAAAGAUAAUAUGUUUGCACUGCUCACGAUGAACUGGAUAUGUUGCUUCACAUUUAUAAGUCAAACAAAUCAAUAUGGGAAAGUGAAUUUUUUAUUAAUUAGUAAUAGUGAUUCUAUGAUUUGAUAUGAUAAGAUGAGCUUUUUUUAAUCGAUCCAAUUAAAUAAAUCUUUAUUUUGAUUACAUGUAAAUAAUAAUGUUCAGAAUAUGGAUGCAAAUCAUUCCUUAUAAUAAAUAGUGCAUUUUUGUGUCAUUUGUGUUACUAAGUUGGUAUUUGUUCAUAGGUGUGACUAUGUUGGUAAUUGUUCAUAGUUGCUACUAUGUUGGUAAUUGUUCUUAGGUGUUACUAUGUUGGUAAUUUUUCUUAGGUGUUAGUAUGUUGGUAAUUGUUUAUAGGUGUGACUAUGUUGGUUAUUGUUCAUAGGUGCUACUAUAUUGAUAAUUGUUCUUAGGUGUUACUAUGUUGGUUAUUGUUCAGAGAUAUUACUAGGUUAGUAAUUGUUCAUAGGUGUUACUAAGUUGGUAAUUUGGAAAGAUUUGUAAAUUUUUUUGAUACACCUGUAGUGUUAGGGAAAUGGUGUAGCAUGGAAAAGACGUUAUUUUAAAAAAAAAUAUGUUUUUUUGUCAAUGGGAAAUGUGUGCAUCAGGAGAUCCUCUUCGAGGGUUUUCCUUAAACUAAGAUGAAUUAAACAAAUGUGAUUUUUUUUACUGUGGCUUGGUCAUUCAUAAAUAUUUUAUUAAAUUUUUCAUUUGGUUCACAAAAUGCAAGUCCAUCCUGUGCAGGGGGCGUCAGAUAGAUUAUCUCAUUCAUGAGAACAUUGUGUUGAGUGUGAACUUUACUUGAAAUCUGAACAUUGUAAAAUGUAUCAUUAAAUAAUAUUAAUUCCUAGACCAAGGUGAACAACCUUUUCCCAAGAAGUCUUCGUGAAUAAGCUGAUCUUAGGGAUCCGUAAUGAAGAGUAUGGGAUGUAUAUAUCCUCAAAUUCUUUUUAUUUUAUUAAUGUAUUAUGCUUGAAGGAGAUCUUCAAGAGAAGAUAUUUUGUCUGUGUCAUAUUACUUACAGGCUUUAUUAAAAAUGUUGUUUAGAAACAUUAAUGUCUGCACCAGCAGGUAAUAAUGAAGCUCAGCUGACAUACAAAUGUUUUAGCAUGGAAUAUUUUACAAUUUAUUUGUUAACAUGCAAAUUGUAUUAUGUUUUAAAGAUAGUAGAUCUUUGACAUAUUUUAUAAGCAAUUAGGUUAGCGUUCUUGUCCGUUUAUCUUAUUAUUAUUAUAGAUUUAUUUUUAUUGUAAGAUUCGAUCCAGGUUAAAGCCUCUCUGGAAAUUGAUAAAACAUUCUUUGGUUUAUGAUGCAUCCAAGUGAAUGAAAUGUUCCUCACACUAAUGCAUUAAGCUUGUAUCUAAGUUUCUGUACCACAUUUGAUAAGAUUUUCAAAACAAUUCAUUUUUAUAGAAAUAAGUGCCACAGAAAGUCUGUAUUUCAUUACUGCAUGCGAUGUUAUUUGUUUUUGAAUUUUGUAAAGUUUCCGAGUUUUUUCCAUUCCUUUAUAUAUUUAAGCGUUUUAGACAAGCCCUGCAUUUCUUUGUGUGAUUUAAGAAAAAUAAUUUUAAUAUUUUUUGUUAGAAUAGCUCUUUACAAUAUUUCUUUUUUUAUUUGAAUCAAGUAAUUACUUUUUAUAUUGUGUGAAUUCUUUCAGAAUUCUUGCUUGUACAUUCAGCUUGGCUGCUCCGUUUUAGUCUUGGGGAAAGAAAAAACUUCACAAAAUCCUCAACAAUCUCAAGUUAAAUUCUUCCUAUGAUUCUUUAUAUUAUUACCACUCUCAAUACCUUGUUACUUCCACUCUCACACUGCAUUUUAGAUCACUAAAAAUCCAUAACAACGAAAAGAAAACCGUAAUCUAAAAAACAUCACCGAUCCAAGCCACAUUGAAAAAGCUGCACAAUAAAUCUCUUCACCACGUCACUCACAAACAAAUCACAAAUUACAUACGGUAACAUAAACCAAAGCACACACUCAUGGAAAAAAUCAUUAGUUUUAAAUAUUUUUUAAAAAAAUUGUGGUUCUCUAAUAAGUCUAUCUUUGCUCAGCUAAACUUUCAUCUUGAUAAAAAAUUUUGGAUAUCUUAAUUUUUAAAAAAAAUGAAAAAGUUAGGUUGGUGUGGGGAUUGUUUUCUCAAUACAAAACAUGAAAAACGAUUUGAUGGUGUUUGUUAGUUAAUCAUUGUACUUUCCAAGGAACUUUAACGUUUUCCUGCUACUACAUCUAACCACUAUUUAAUAGCUUUUAUAUUUGUUGUUGUUUUUUAAAACAGGUUUUUAUCACAGAGUUAGGCACAUCAUUAUGUUAUGAUUCUUCUAGUAAAGAAACUGUGAUGUUUUGUUUGUGUAUCGCAUACAACAGGUCUAGAUUUUGGUCCUGUCAUGUAGGACAUGUCUUGUACUGAGUUUAUGUUGCCAUUGAUUUAUCUCGAGAUAUAUGUUUAAAGUUUCAAAUAGCCAAACGAGAUGAGCUUUUUUUUUUCUAAAUCAUAUAUAAUAUCCCAUCUGUCAAAAGCUUGCUCCUUGUCAGCAUUAGGUGACAUGUAAAUGAGGAUAAUACAGAUCUGAACCUAUACAUUGUCAUAAACAAUCUUUCUAUUUUAGUUACAUUAAUCAUUUAUCAAAGUAAUCAUUAAACAAUUACUAAGUAAUUUUUUCUAGAUAAUCUAUAGAUUUUCUUGCAUUUUAAAUAAUACUUAGAUACAUGUUUACCACCUAAUGUAUAAGCGUAGCCGGCGUUUUUAAAAUAAUUUUAUGAUACUAAUUUUCCUAGAUGUGCAUAGUUUAAUAUCUAGAUAUGUAACCCAUUGCUCCCAUUAUUCAACUGGUUUUAUAAGACUUUAAAAUGAAUGAUAGUUCAUUUUAAUUUUAAAAAAUUUUUUUAAUCCUGGAAAAAAAAAAUAAUUUAUAUAUACCGGUAUAUAUAUUUAUAUGUAUUUAAAGUGAAAUAUAAUUAUAAAGUUAUUUUUUUCUUUUCAUCAGCUGAAAGAGUUGUUUUUACCCAAUGAGCAAGAUCUUGAUGUGUUUGACGUCAUCAUACGUUUUCCCAACGGACAAAUAGAUGUAUUAAGUGAUGAAGAGGAAUUUGGGGCAGAUCGACUCUCUACUUGUGAGAAAGUUUGCAUUGUACCAGCUGGGUUCGUACUGUCAUAGUUUUCAAAGUGAUCAUUGUACCAGCUGGGUUCGUACUGUCAUAGUUUUCAAAGUUAUCAUUGUACCAGCUGGGUUCGUACUGUCAUAGUUUUCAAAGUUAUCAUUGUACCAGCUGGGUUCAUACUGUCAUAGUUUUCAAAGUGAUCAUUGUACCAGCUGGAUUCGUACUGUCAUAGUUUUCAAAGUUAUCAUUGUACCUGUAGUCAAAUAUAUUCUUAAUCGGACAUAACGAGCUAACAGGUGGUAAAUUAAAAUAUAGUUUAAAGAGAAAUGUUAUGUUUGUAUCCAGACCACGUUAGAUCUUAUUGUUCAGCUAGUAUUUAUUUGGUCGGUCUAUUUAGGCAUGAGUGUAAAAAUCAACUAUUUAUAUUUUCGUAUGUUGUUCAUUUUAAUAUUUGUUCACACAUUUCUUUUUAACUCAACACUUUUACUUUUUAAAAAAAAAUUAUGAAGUAUGCAUUUCACAGACUAGAGAGUACAUAAUAGACACAAAUUAUUUAAAUGUCUUGAAUUUAAAGCCGGUAUAAAAGUAAUCAUGACAUAUUUUUUAAAAUGAUAAAUACGAGUUUUAAUUUUGCCGUAAUAAAUCGAUGUUUAACAAUAAAUAAAAUGCAAGUGUCUGAGCGAAGUAUUGCUGUUUCAAAAUGUCUAAAAUUGGGGUCAAUUAAUUUUCUGAUCUUUAGGAAAAAAAAGUCUUUCUUUAUAAAUUAACCUAUAUUUAUUUAUAAUUUUUUAUCAUUUUAUUUUUGUCAGGAGUGUAGCUCAGCAAGGGCCACAAUUACAAGAUGUCGAUGCCGCUGUCCAUCUUCAUGACUAGAGUUGACAAUAACAUUGACCGACCCACACCGAGAUUCGUCAAUAUCUUCCUUCCCGAACUAUUAUGUAGCUCUCUACAUAACACAAUUGAUGUAUAUUAAUUAUAAAAUAUAUUGAUUAACAUUCAUUGAAGUUGAUUUGACGUACCCUGAUUAAACUACAGAAACAUAAGAUGUCCAUUUGAGCAUUAGGGAAAAUCAAUUUGUUUUUAUUCUUUUAUUUUUUAUUUAAUGCCCCUGAUACAAAUACUGAGAAUUCUUUUCUAGGAAAAAAAAUUUCAUUUUUGAAAUUAAUAAGAUUAACAGGUAUUUAAGUGCUAGUCAGUUUUUACCAGUGUUAAUACACUUAAAGAAAAUGUUUAGAAAAAAUUGUUUAAUGUUAUUUUGAUUAUUAUUAAGUUUGAAAUUAAAAUAAACCAUCAUUUGUUGUUUCAAGUCAUAAAAAAUAUUGAAAAACAGUUUAAAAAAAACACGCUUUUUCUUAUAAAAAUGGAUUACAAAGUAUAAAAUAAAUAAUAAUAAUAAUAAAGUUCAUUUCAAAAACACGCUUCAUCCCCAAAGGCUCGAAGCGCGGUACAAAGUCAAAAAAAAAACAUUUAAAACAAACGCAACACGACAAAAACUAAGUACAAGCAUACAAUGGCAAAGUCUUUCUAGCCAUUUCAACCAUAAGCAACACAGCCAUUAUGCAUUAACUGGAAAAUAAUGUUGACAAUCAUCCCAGAAGGUGUUUGCGAAAUAGAUGUGUCUUUAAAUCGGUUUUAAAGGACUCCAGUGUCUGGUUGUUUCUGAGAUCGACAGGAAGGGCAUUCCAAAUUGGUGGACCAGCAAAUGCGAAAGUGCGCUUUCCGUAAGUCUCAAGGCAAACACGUGGUGUCGAGAGUUUGCCACUAUCGGAUGAGCGGAGCUCUCUAGUGGGUACAUAAGGCGUCAGCAGCUCUUUCAGAUAGGACGGCGCCAGGUCAUGUAAGCAGCGGUAGCACAAAGUUGCUAUUUUGUACUCCAUGCGAGCACGCACUGGCAGCCAGUGCAGCUCUCUCAGAAGUGUUUUUGCAUGGUCAAACUUGCGUUUGCGGAGAACAAUGCGAGCCGCAUUAUUCUGUGCUAUUUGAAUUUUAUCCAGGAGCGUAGCUGGAAGACCCACCAUAAGAGCAUUGCAAUAGUCCAUGCGUGAUAGCACAAAUGCAGACAUCAGCCUCUUUGUUGCAUCAAUUGUUAGGAAGGGCCUGAUGUGACUAAUCCUGCGCAGCUCUAGAAAAAUCGCCUUGCAUAGCAUGUUAAUAUGACUUUCAAAAGUUAGUCUUCCAUCUAGGUAGACACCCAGGUACCGCACUGUUUGAGCUAACUCAAUACGCACACCUGAGAGAGUAAUGGAUGUCGUGUUAUUUGCAGAUUUUUGCUUCUGAGCGGUCGCGAUGGGGAGCAGCUCAGUCUUAUCAUCAUUUAAUUUGAGCUUGUUUAUCGUCAUCCAGUGCUUAACCGACUCCAUUGUCUUCUGUGUCAUACUGAGCAGCUGAGGGAACUGAGAAGGGAUCACGGAUUGUCCCUUAAAUGCUCAGAGUUGUUAAAGUCAUUUGACUAACAAGAGGUGGGCGCCUUUGAACUUAAUGUAUUUUAUAAUUUGUAAGGAAAUGCACGAAGCGGUAUCUCUAAUUUUAUUCCACUUGUCAAGAUCAGGGUCGCUGUGAGCAUACAACAGUAGUGUCAGACAGAUAUGUGUAGUCAUUUUUCCAAGAUUUUUAAAUAAUCUGUAUCAUAAUAAUUGUGUCACAUAAUACUCACUUUCAGUGAUUACAAACGCAUACAUGUGUCCAACAUUGUAUUUGACAAGUCAUAUAACAUCAUUUUAUUUCAUGGGCGUCACACACUUUGUUUGGUCAUGUGACAGUAACAACUCUGAAGUUUUGGAGGAACUUUUUUUUUAAUACAUUUGUUUGUUUCUUUUAAAGAAAAGCAAGUUAUUUUUUAAAAAGUUUUAUUUUUUAAAAAAUAUAUUUUUAUUUAGUCAUUUCUAGAAGUAUUCGGAGAUAAGACAGUGUGUUGUAAAAUGUAACUAAAAAAUUAGUGUGAUGCCAUUGAAAUAUAAAAAACGUGUUGACCUUUCUGUUGUAAGAAAUGUGUUCAUCAUCGUUGAAUGUUGACCAGAACGAGUGAUCAAUCAUAUGGAAACGCCAUAGUGAAGACAAGAAAUUCCUAUCUUUCCGUCCUUGAGUUAACCACAGAAGGUCACUCAAAAGUCAGUAAAUAUCACUGGUUCCAAUUCAUCAAUUUUGGCAAUUUUCAUAAAUAUUCAUGUGUAUCAAAGUGUCUCUAUUAAUAAAUAAAAUUAAAAUUCUAAAUGCAACUUGAAUAUUUCCUUGUUAAUGG